AUGGCAUCACUGGAUAAUAUGAUACCUUCAGAAAAUUCUGAUAUGUCAUGGCAUCAAGCUUCUUCAAACACUCUUCAAGGAGAGCAGACUGCUCAUGCUGAUAAUUCUAACUCAUCACAAAGACCUUGGAGCCAAAACGUAAAUACAAUAUCAGAGUAUUUCACUGAACAAAACAUUGAAAUGAUUGAAGAGAAUACUCGAACACAAUACAAAAACAAAUUGUGGCACAAAUUGAGAUAUGGGCGAGUUACAGCUUUAAAAACUUAUGAAGUAAGCAAAUGUCACACUGUGGAUGGAUCUUUGAUUGCUAUGAUUAUGGGAGUCAAAAUACCAGAUAAAAAAGCCAUGAGGAGAGGUCGAGACUUAGAAAGUCAAGUAAAAGUGAUUGUAGAAAAAACAUUAGGGGAAAAGGUAACGAAACGUUAUUGCAUAAUUGUAACACCAACACAAGCCAGUGACAGUACUACAUCAGUCCAGCCUAAUAGAACAACAAUAGCUAGAGAUGCUCCUACAUUAGCCCAGUCCAACUCACAAACAAAAAGACCAACUCGAGCUAGAGAUGGUCCCACAUUAGUCCAGCCCAAUAUACAAAUAACAAGACCAACUCGAGCUCGAGAUGGUUCUACAUUAAAAGAUAUUAUCAGUUCUGAUGGUGAAACAAGACAAGUGCUAUCAGAGAUAAGAAAUGAAUUAAAAAUAAGAAAUAUUCAGAAUAAUAUAAAAAAUCGUCGCCUGCACCGAGAAAGUGCUGGUUGUCACAUGCGCUUACGUCACGAGUCAGUCGUGUUCCGGCGGUUGAGCGGAGCGGUUGUGUGGUGCGAUUGCGUGCGUGAUGUGGCGCUGGUGAGCCGUAAAAUAUCCCAAGAAACAGAACAAUAG